UGCCGUAACUCUGCCAACAGCUGAUUUAUUCAAAUGAAAAUAAGAAAUUGCUUGGAUGGCAUCUUUGGAUUUUCUGAAAAGCCUGCAAUUUGCGGCGCAAAAACAUAGCAAACAGCGCCGAAAGGAUCCGGACAGCACGCCAUACGUUAACCAUCUAAUAAAUGUGAGCACAAUCCUAGCAGAGGCGGGCAUCCGGGACGAGGGCGUGCUCAUGGCGGCCGUGCUGCACGAUGUGGUUGAGGACACGGACACAACUUUUGGCGAACUGGAGGAUCUGUUUGGUGUGGACGUGUCCAGCCUGGUGCGCGAAUUGACCGACGACAAGACCCUGGCCAAAGAGGAACGCAAGCGCCUGCAAAUAGAGAAUGCGGCCCGUGCCACGCGCCGUGCCAGAUUCAUCAAGCUGGCCGACAAGCUGGACAAUCUGCGAGAUCUGCAAAUCAACAAGCCUCGUGGCUGGACGGAGGAACGCCGCGAGCAGUAUUUCGUGUGGGCCAAACAGGUCGUGGAUAACAUGCGCGGCACGAACGCCACGCUGGAGGCGCAGCUGGACGAGAUCUUUGCCGACCGCAAUCUUUUGUAAAUAAUAAGUCAGCAAGAGCAAGCAUUAGGCUUUA